AUGGAAGAGGAGAAGCCCCCCUCGCCUCCUUCUUCUUCCUUGCCGGCAGCUUCACCGAGCUCAAGAUGGAAUCCAACCAAGGAACAGAUCGCCAUUCUGGAAGGUCUUUACUGGCAAGGCAUCCGCACUCCAACGGCUGAUCAAAUACAGCAUAUCACCGGAAAACUUAGAGAGUACGGCUCCAUCGAAGGGAAAAACGUCUUCUACUGGUUUCAAAAUCACAAAGCUCGUCAGCGACAGAAGCAGAAGCAGGAGAGCUUUGCUUACUUCAGCCGUCUCAUCCACCGCCACCCUCCGCCACCGCCACCACCACCACCUCCACCGGCUAUAUCCUGCAGCAAUGUUCUUUGUGCUCCGUUUUGCCUGCGAGUUCCUCAAGUUGAAGGAGUUGGUUUGUAUAAGCCACAGUACCCUCACGUCUACUUAACCGGAGGAGCUAUAAAGAGGCCAUUACCAGAGCUUCAAAGAAUGGAAAUGGCUUCAAAGAAAUCGCUAGAACCGAUCUCCAGUACCCACCAAUGCUCCUAUGAAACACUGCAGCUUUUCCCCCUGCACCCAACAGGCAUAAUGGAGAAGACAGGAAGCUCUCUUACCUCUUCCUCCAUGGAAGCUAACUGUAAUGAAGAAGAAGGUCAGGAUGAAGAAGGUUGUGAGAUCUUGCCGUUCUUCAACUUCUUUGGUGAUAACCGGAGCUAA